AUGAUUAGUAGUCGUUGUUUGAAUACGGUGUUGAGCGGCAGUGCUCGUAAAAGUAGUCGCCUAUCGGCAAAAAAUCAUCGUCAUUUCAGCAGCUUAUUAUCAACGGCUGUGCCAAAAACAUUUCAAUCGUCGGUGAACUUCGAACAAGGCAACAAACGUACAAUGGCAUCGUUAACGAAAACGCUUACAUUGGAUUCAAUCAAUCCAAAUGUCAUCAAAAUGGAAUAUGCUGUCCGUGGACCGUUGGUCAUUCGUGCCGGUGAAAUUGAAAAGGAAAUUAAACAGGGCGUCAAGAAGCCGUUCAACGAAGUAAUUCGUGCAAAUAUCGGUGAUUGUCAUGCUAUGGGACAGCCAUACAUUACAUUCCUACGAGAUGUAUUGGCGCUAGUUGUUGAUCCAACGAACUUCAACGAAUCGAAAUACCCGGAUGAUGCAAAGAAGCGUGCCCAAGCUAUUCUCGAUGGUUGCGGUGGUAAAUCGGUUGGUGCUUACUCCGAUUCAGCUGGAAUUGAGAUUAUUCGACACCAUGCAGCCGAAUACAUUCAAAACCGUGACGGUGGCAUUCCUGCACGAUGGGAAGAUAUAUACUUGUGUGCCGGUGCAUCGCAAUCAAUUAAAGCUGUGAUGAGUUUAUUGAAUAAAAAAAUCGAUGGCCAGAUUCCAGGUGUUAUGGUGCCCAUUCCACAGUAUCCAUUGUAUUCGGCCACAAUUGCCGAAUUUGGAAUGCAACAAGUUGGCUACUAUUUGAAUGAAGACACCAACUGGGGUCUGGACAUUCCCGAAUUGGAACGUUCUCUUACCGAAGCAAAGAAAGAAUGUAAUCCACGUGCUAUUGUUGUUAUUAAUCCUGGAAAUCCGACCGGUCAAGUAUUAACGCGUGAUAAUAUCCAAAAUAUUAUCAAAUUCGCACACGACCAUAAGUUGUUCAUCUUCGCCGAUGAAGUAUACCAAGACAAUGUGUACGAAAAAGAAUCGACCUUUCAUUCGUUCAAGAAAGUCUUGAUCGAAAUGGGUGAACCAUACAAAAAUAUGGAAUUGGCCAGCUUUAUGUCGUGCUCUAAGGGAUAUAUGGGUGAGUGCGGUAUUCGUGGUGGAUAUGUGGAACUCAUCAAUUUGGAACCCACAGUCAAAGCCAUGUACCAAAAAUCGAUU